CCGCCUCCUGCCCACACCCCGCCCACCCCUCCACCGCCUCAGCCGCGCCACCGCGCAUGCGCACCCCCCCUUCAGGGCCCCUCCCCGGCUUCCGUAGCGAGCGGCUGGGCGCGCCAUGGACGUCCUGAGGCCCACCCUGAUACAGAUCGGCGGGCGCGUCUACAGGAAGAACCUGGUGCAGGAGCCUGCCCACCCGCAGGAGGAGGAGGAGGACGAAGGUUUCUAUGCAGCAGGGCCUGGUGACUGUGCAGAUGAACCCUGCGAUGCCUUUGUGGUGGAAGAGACUGAGAAAGGUUUCCAGUGCAGAGUGGAGGUCCCCAGCCCGUUAUACAAGUACAUAAUCGGGAAGAAAGGAGAAACCAAGAAGAGGCUAGAAACAGAGACUCGAACCUCCAUCAGCAUUCCCAAGCCUGGAGUCGAAGGGGAAAUCGUGAUCACGGGGCAGCAGCGCGGCGGCGUCAUCUCGGCCCGGACGCGCAUCGACGUCCUCCUGGACAGCUUCCGCAAGAAGCAGCCCUUCACGCACUUCCUCUCCUUCGCCCUCACCCAGCCCGAGGUCCAGGAGAAGUUCCUGCAGUUCAAGGAGGAAGUGCUGGAGAAAUGCUCAAAGGAUCACGGGGUGAGCAGCAGCCUGUUCCAGAACCCUGCCAAGCUCCACCUGACCCUGGGGACGCUGGUGCUGCUGAACGAGCAGGAGAUCCGGAAGGCCUGCGAGCUGCUGCAGCGCUGCAAGGAGGACUUCGUGGACCAGAUCACCGGCGGCAGGCCCCUGGCCGUGGAGGUGGUUGGGGUGGAGUACAUGAACGAUGACCCUGCCAUGACCGACGUCCUCUACGCCAAGGUCCGCAUGAAGGACGGCUCGGACAGGCUGCAGGCGGUCGCUGAUCAACUGGUGGAGCGCUUCGUGGCCUCCGGCCUGAUGCUGAAAGAGUGGGACAGGGUGAAACUGCACGCCACCGUCAUGAACACGCUCUUCAGGAGAGAUCCAGGUGCUGAGGAGCGCAGCAGCACGGCGCCUGGGAAAGCAGCCCUCAAGGAACGGGAGGCGUUUAAUGCCCGGAAUAUCCUCAAGCUCUUCGAGCACUUCUACUUCGGCGAGGUGCAGCUGGACGCGGUUCGGCUCUCCCAGAGGUUCUCCACGGACGCCUCCGGCUACUACGCGACGUCGGGGCAGCUCAACUUCUGCUGAGCAGCAGCGCGGCCGCCCUGUGCGCCACCACCACCACCAUGUUUUCAUAGGGCGAGGAGUCUGGAACUGCAGACGGGUUCGUUUUCCAAGAAAACAGCUGGAAAAACUGGCUUUGGGGGGCACCUCCCUGCUGUCGCCUGUUUCAGAGGAGGAAGGCCGCGCUGUACAGAAGCGUGCGCGAUCCAGGAGAGCUCCCCGGAGCGUGGUAUCGGGGUCAGGCGCUGCUCGGAGCUCCAGCAGCGCGCCCGUGUGAUGUCGAUCUCCAAAUAAAUUAAUUCCCUUCAAAGGCAAA